UGAGUGCACUUAAAAUCAAAAUCCGUUUGUAUCGAGUAAAGCUAGGCUAAUAAUCCAGUUUCUAUGGUAAUCAUUCACAAUACCCUAUAAUGAUCAUUUUGAAUUGCCCCUAUAAUGAUCAUUUUGAAUUGCAGAUCAUUAUAAUUGUUUACAGACCCUACAUUAUGCUUUUGUAUACCGUUUAACAUUUUUGUCUUGCCUUUUGACCUCGAUCUGCACCUUAAUUUCUUGUCUUGCCUUUUUGACCUCUGCAUCUUAUUAAUUAUGUAACAGCAGUAACAGCUAGAGCCUUUGGUAUUUUUGAUAGUUCAUUUUCCUGCUUGAACAGCUUGCUAUACCCAUUGCAGCAAACCAGUACAUUAAAAUGGGUAUAACCUCUAGCUGCAGAAGGCUGGUCAAAUGUUGUAAUUAACCUCUUGAUUGACUGAGGUCAUUUGGGUGCGAUAGUUUAAUUCAUUUCUGUUGUGAUUUUUAUACCCUAACCCUUAAAGUUAAUGAAGCUAGCUAGUGGUGGCGCAAAAACACAUGCAAGCCAUUGCAAGGGCGCGAUGGAAAACUCAGUUUUCUCAUGAACAUGUCAUGCAUAACUAUGUUGUACUGUAGGAUAAUGGUAUACAAGGGUGGUUUGUUCUGAAGCAUGGUGCUAAAUGUCGUUGAGCUGAUGUGUGCUAUUCACUACUACAAUACUCAAACCUGUCUGGAUGUAGUGUACUUACUGUCGCCUUGGUAUUUAAUGGAUUUAUCAGCUUCUGUAUAGUUCCUAUUCGUAUAUAUCGGGUAACUGUAAUUGUCUGUGUGCAUACAUGUAUGGUAUAGAGUUCAAUAAAACGUAUGAGUGUAGACAUAGGUUUGUAGUCUACAUAUGAGGAGUUCUAUGAAGUACUGUAGAGUAGUUGAGCUAGUCUGCAAGCUACAGUUGCUGACUAUUUGCUCUUUGCCAUAUUUCGUGUCUGCAAGAUCUGACGGUGCUGCUCCGCAAGAUAAAACCACUCAACCAAGACGUAGCUAUUAUGCCCUUGUUGUCGCUGAUACUCUGCUAGUUAAUGAUGACCCCUUCUCUUCUUUAGUGGGCAUAUUUGACUUCCCAGCAAGAUUCUCUAAAGCAAUAAACACUGAUGAUGGAUCACUAGUUGAUGAUGAUAGACUACAGAACAACUCUCUGAGUGACAAUUGUACCGAUCCAAAUGACAAAGGAUCGUAUGAGAGCAGUUGCCAGUUAGUGUUAGCUGAAUGUGGCAAGAAGUCUGAGCUAAUCGACUACCUAGCAUUCGUUGUGUGUGAUCUACCAUAUAUGGAGCCUGUGGCAUAUGCUUUGAUGACUAUAUGGCUGAUGUACCUCAUCGCUCUUCUAGCAACCACGGUUGACAAUCAUUUUGUCCCUCCGCUCAACUUCUUGGCAGAGAAGAUGAAACUCUCCCCUAGUAUCGCUGGCAUUACUCUUUUAGCAUUAGGGAAUGGUGCUCCAGAUAUUUUUGUUGCGUUUUCUGGAAUCGCUCAAGAUGAUACAGCCUUAGUACUCGGAUCAAUGAGUGGUGGAGGAUUGUUUGUUACUACCGUUGUUCUGGGAACUGUUGUCAUGGUAGCUAACCUCACACUAUACAAAAUUGAUAAGUUGGAUUUUAUGCGUGACCUCAUUGCCUACCUUCUAGUAGUAGUAAUCAUUGUAGCUGUGGCUUAUGAUGGAAUUGUCUACUUGCUGGAGGCUUGUCUGUUUCCAGUGCUGUAUUUUGUCUACUUAGUAUUUGUAAUCACAGUUAGUUACAUUAGGGCCUGCAUUAAAAAAAGGAACCAGCCAGAGAAGAAGGAUCUAUUGGAUGAAAUAAUGUACUAUGAUGAGGAGAGUGCUAGUAAGAGUAUCUCGCUCUCCAACUCUGUUGCUAUGAAACCUAUUUCAACUGUGAAAGAGACGUGUACAGAAGAUGAAUCACUCAUAGAGUUGCCAAGGGAACCUGAGGAACCCAAAAAUUGCUAUUUAGCAGGCCUCAGCUGGCCGAAAAAGUCAAACUUCAUUGUUAAGAUAAUCUGGUUCAUUCAGCUGCCAUUUUCUCUUCUGCGUUGGAUAACCGUACCUCCUUUCUCCCAUGAUGGAAGGUGGUGUGUUGUGCACUACAUCCUCGCUUCAUUCUCCCCCCUGCCUUUGUCCAUGCUUGUUCUCAUAGCUGUGAAAGGAUGGAAAGGAUUCACCAUCUAUGUCAAUGUCAUUCCACUGCCUGUAAUUCUCAUACUAGCAGCGACAGUGUUUUCUUUGUUUCUGUUCUGUGUGUUGAGACCCAAAAGACCUCCACAUUGGUGUGUGCAGAUACUGUUGGUGCCCGUGACCUUUGCUUCUGCAAUUGUCUGGCUUAACAUCAUUGCAAAUGAAGUUGUCAGCAUUCUUCGUGCUUUUGGACUACUUCUUCAUAUAGACACAGGAAUCUUGGGUUUGACUGUGCUGGCCGUUGGCAACUCUGUGGCCGACUGGGUGGCAAACACUGUUGUUGCAAAAUCUGACAAACCACAGAUGGCGUUUGCUUCAUGUUUUGGUGCCCCUCUUAUGGGUCAUGUGGUUGGCCUCAGCUUUGCCAUUAUUGUGAAGAUUGUGUUCUACCAGUAUGGGGAGCCAUUUAAAUUUGACAUAGCCAACUCAGCUUUUUCUGCUGUCAAACUGUCUUGGGUGUUCCUGGUUGUGUCACUCAUCAUGACUGCUCUGGUAUUCCUCAUAUUCAAAUUCUCACCAAAAAAGAUAUAUGGUGUAGUGUUGCUGCUUUUUUACCUUCUGUUUGCUGUAUUCGCUGUUCUUGAGGAGACAAAUAUUUUACCAGUACCUUUCUAGAGCUAUAUGUUGUAUACUAAUUAAGGGCAUAUAACAGAGAUAAAGUAAUAUUAUUAUGUGAUUAUCACGGAAUUAAUCAGUUUUUAUUUAUUCCGUUGUUUCUGGUUAACAAAAAUAAUUUUAUUAUUGCAAUAGAGGUGGGCCAAAGAAAGCAUAAUUGUAGAUAGUGCAGAGGCCAUUAUUUUUACAACAAGCAGCAUUCACACCCGUAUGCCUAGCCUCCUUCACCGGCCUUCCACUUCCCUAAGUGAAGUGGGAACUGCGGCCUGGGAUCG